GCGGCAUCAGCCAAUGGGGGAAGGUAGUAUUGAGCACCGGCCUGACUGAACUGGAACCGCCCCGAGGCAGCAGCCGCCGGGAUGGCCUCCAGCUUCAAGAAGCCCUCGCUGGGAGCAGCGUCCCAGAGGAAGAAAUCGAGUCCCAAGCCAGAGCUGACUGAAGAGCAGAAGCAGGAGAUCCGGGAGGCCUUCGACCUGUUUGACACAGAUGGCACCGGGAACAUUGAUGUUAAGGAACUGAAGGUGGCCAUGAGAGCACUAGGGUUUGAACCUAAGAAAGAAGAAAUCAAGAAAAUGAUAUCAGAUAUCGAUAAAGAAGGAACAGGAAAAAUCAGUUUCAAUGACUUCUUGGCAGUGAUGACCCAGAAAAUGGCUGAUAAAGAUUCCAAAGAGGAGAUUCUCAAAGCUUUUAAGCUUUUUGAUGAUGAUGAAACUGGCAAAAUCUCUUUCAAAAACCUCAAACGUGUAGCCAAAGAACUGGGUGAAAAUCUUACAGAUGAAGAGCUGCAGGAAAUGAUUGAUGAAGCAGAUAGAGAUGGGGAUGGGGAAGUGAACGAGCAGGAAUUCUUGCGGAUCAUGAAGAAGACCAGCCUUUACUGAAACUGAAUUUUGUUGUAUUUGUUUGCACACGUGUGUGUAUGUCUGGUAGGUGCCUCACUUUUUUCCAGCUUUUUAUUUCUAUA